UGGUUUUUUAUUUCGUGCAGAAUUAUUUUUUCAGCUAGUUUUUUGGUAAACCAAGGCAUUACCUGCACACAACUGUCAUAUUAUUUAUAUAGUUUUCUUGUUGUUCAUUUCUUAGGCAUAAGUUUACACAAUUUUCCAGAAGGAACGACAGUUUUCCUUGGAUCCAUGAAGGGUCUCCAUGUUGGCAUCAACUUAGCAUUGGCCAUUGCUCUGCAUAAUAUCCCAGAGGGUGUUGCUGUUGCACUUCCUGUUUAUUUUGCGACACAAAGUAAAUGGCAGACAUUCAAAUUGGCAUCACUUUCAGGCUUUGCCGAACCCUUGGGUGUUAUAAUUGUAGGUAUGUUAUCUGCUUGAUGUUGCUUUGCAGAACAUGCGUAAGUUUAGGUGAGGUAUUUGUAGUAAUUGGUUGACAAUUAUGUAACUUUGUUAAAGUAACUUGUAUUUGUAGUAAUUUGCAUUAAGUAACUUUGUUAAAGUUGUUAUUCGAUACUAUCUUGAUAUUUUGUAGUUUCAGAACACAUGAUACUUUGAUAAGUUAUUUAAUACUCUGGUGCGUGUGUUAUGUUGUCAA